CGGCGGCUGUCAGCCUAUCCCAAGAUGGCGGCCCCCAGGAGCUGCGCUCUCUGCCGCUAUUGGGGUCGUUGCUGGUCGCCGACGCCGCGCUGCUGCACGGUCCCUGGACUUCGUUUCUCCUGGCGGGAGAACCCACUGGGUGUGCGGUUCAUGUCCCAAGAGCAGCGGACAAAGGAAACGCACUUCGGGUUCGAGACCGUAUCGGAGGAGGAGAAAGGAGGCAAAGUCUAUCAGGUGUUUGAAAGUGUGGCCAAGAAGUAUGAUGUGAUGAACGACAUGAUGAGUCUUGGGAUCCAUCGUAUCUGGAAGGAUUUGCUUCUGUGGAAGAUGCACCCGUUUCCUGGAACCCAGCUGCUCGAUGUUGCCGGAGGCACAGGCGACAUUGCAUUCCGGUUCCUUAAUCAUGUUCAGGCACAGCAUCGGGAAAAGCAGAAAAGGCACUUAAGGACCCAACAACAUUUAUCCUGGGAAGAAAUUGCCAAAAAAUACCAGGAUGAAGAAGCGGACCCUUUGGGUGGUUGCCGCGUCGUGGUUUGUGACAUCAACAAGGAGAUGCUGAAGAUGGGCAAACAGAAAGCCUGCGCGCAGGGGUACAAGACAGGAAUUGCUUGGGUGUUGGGAGAUGCUGAAGAACUCCCCUUUGAUGACGACAAGUUUGACAUCUAUACAAUUGCCUUUGGGAUCCGGAAUGUCACACACAUUGAUCAGGCACUCCAGGAAGCCUAUCGGGUCCUGAAGCCAGGAGGGCGGUUUCUCUGUCUUGAGUUCAGUCGAGUGAACAAUCCGCUUAUAUCCAGGCUUUAUGAUCUAUAUAGCUUCCAGGUCAUUCCUGUCCUGGGAGAGGUUAUUGCAGGAGACUGGAAGUCCUACCAGUACCUGGUAGAGAGUAUCCGACAGUUUCCACCUCAGGAGGAGUUCAAAGAAAUAAUAGAAGAUGCAGGCUUUCAGAAGGUGACUUACGAAAGCCUAACAUCAGGAAUCGUGGCCAUUCAUUCUGGCUUCAAAUUGUAACUCCUUUGCAGUUCUAAAGUGGGAACCAGUCACAUCCUGUCAGAAGCCUGGGACUGCAGGAUAGUGAGACCAGCAGCAGAACAUCUCCUUUUAGGGAGAUGCGGAUGCUUGUUCUGCUGUGACCAAUCUCAAAGAGGGAGAAACAAAUUUCUGUCAUUUCAGUGCAGCUUGCCUUCUCCCAGAAAUGUUUGGUCCUGGUUUUGCGUCAGUCUUGCUCAUCUUUCUUGGCUGUGCGGUGCAUAGUUAAGGUACAUAGAGAACUAGAGCUCAGGUUUUUAAAGUAUAUUUGUAGGUCUUCUAGUGGUGCUGCUUUCUGAAUAAUGAGUUAUUUGAAUCGGGCAGGAGUAGACAGCAUAAUGGUUAUGCAGAGAGACUCUCAGGCCUGAGGCUCCGAAGUCCCAGGUAAUUCCCCUGGGAUUAAACUCCAUCUGCACCACCAUAAAUCAGAGCUGAUCAGUUAUUUGAAUCUAAUGAUGCUUUGAACCUGAAAACUUCCAAACUGUAGCUGGGUCAACCUUACAGCCUAAGACUAAGUCUGGGGUCAAAUGCCAACGUCUAAGUCAGGGGCUUACUGAUCACUAGAAUUACGCAUAGAACCACUAAAUGGGUCUGUAAUUUUCUCGUUCUUUGGCUCUUCUACCUUAAAGGAGGUAAACGGAAUAAACAGCUUCUGUCACUUUCA